AUGGCUUCCCUAUCUACUAGGACACGAUUUCAACGUAGGAUGAUGUUGAGUUGUGGAACUUUAUUUAUUUUUCUAUUGAUCAUCAAUAUUAGCAAAACGUCACUGAUAGGCAUUGAGGAUGCUAUAUUUUUGGCUAAGAAUUCAUUUAAGGAAUUCAGAGAACAACAUAUCCCCAACGGAUUGCAUAUCGGGGAUAUGAUUACAGGAAACCUAACUAAUUCGAGUUCUCCCAGAGUUGCAGCGAACAUUUUGGACUUUGAUUUACAAUAUCCAUUUGAUAACGUUGUAAAUUCCAUAUUUCCUAUAGACACUACAAUUGAAUACAAUUCUAGCGAUAAGAACCAUAAUAUCACCACUCACAGGAUUAUAGGAAGAUAUGCGUCGUACAGUCCUAUAUUAACAGGGCAUGUAUCGGGAACUUUCAAAAUGUUUCCAAACAAUGCAUGUGGAGGUAUUAAUAGGCCAGAUUAUAUGAAGUACGAGGAUCAGAUACUUGUGGUAUUGAGAGGUAACUGCAGUUUCGUGGAAAAGGUAGAGAAUAUAAUAAAUUCGGAACUCAAUCCAAAGAGUAUUAUUAUCGCCAAUGACGAGCCGCAUAGAGGCUUGAUUACUAUGUAUUCAAAUAAAUUUAAUACGGAUGGCUCCUUUAAUGUCCCAAUUAUGUUUAUUUCCUACGAGGGAUACAAGGAGCUAAACAGCAUAAAAAACAAGCAUUUGGAAUUAACAAUAUCCACCGUGGCGUUCGGAAGUUUAAUGAAUAUAGUUUUGUCAAUGAUUUUGUCUCCUCCUUUAUUGAUUUUCUUACUUUACACUUUCAUCAAGUGUGUCCAGCAUUGUCGGGAAAAACGAAUGAAUAUCGCAAACGAAAAAUUUGUCAAAAAUAUGCCUAUUUAUAUUUAUAACAUGAAUCACUUGAUUUAUUCUAAGAAGUUUUAUGACUAUUUGAAAAUAACAAAUCAGACUGAAAAUAUUGCAUUUGCAGCUGAAUCUGAAUUGAAUUCAUUGAAUAGAUCGAAUUCAUACGAUGGUCUCAAAAUGAGCCGUUCAUCGUCCAAGACUUCGGUGAAUAAUUUCACUAUUAACGGGGUUGAUGUCAAAAGUAUCAAAAGUCAGUUUCAUAUUUUAACUGCUCCUGACGAAUUUUUCUUCUCAUACAAAUGCCCCAUAUGCUUGGAAAAAUUCAAGCCUUUAACUUCUAGGGUCCUUGUAUUAGAUUGCAAGCAUUGUUAUCACGAAAAAUGCUUAUCUAAUUGGCUAAUUAACUUCAGAAGAAGCUGUCCUUUAUGUAACAACACCAUCAAGGGUGACGAUACCCGUUACCUACUUAGUGAUCUGGAAUCAUCUACGUACGGUAGCUUUGAUGAAGAUUUAGAAGCCCAAGUCCUUCCAAACUCGAUUCACACGAAUCAUUAUGAUGAACAUUCAAAUGGCUCACCAGAUUUGAACUAUACUAACGAUCAAAUAUAUCACACAAUACCUAAAAAUAGCAGUCAUCAGUUAUAUAUAUCAAACAACGAUGAUAAUAGUGAUGAAGGUGAACAAGUAUAUAGUCCACCUGAGAUAACACCCGACGAAACUCAGUUUGAACCGUUUUUAUCAACAAGUACGAGCCAGAACUCCCCGAAACUGCAAAUUUCUCAUAUUGAUACAGCAGAAUCACCCAAUAUUCCAGGAGAUCUCAUAUUCCCCAAUAGUCAUAAACCACCCGCAUCGGGUGGCAGUGUUGGAGCUUCAAGUAUGAGUGAUGCAUCUUCGUUUUUCUCUGCGAAGAGCCAUUUUGAUAGCAGAAGAAACAGCUCAACCUCACCACCAAAUCCACCGCCGCCACCGCCGCCAUCAUCGACCAAAUAUUACGCUAAGCCCUGGCAAAUCCUCAGUCGUUUUGCUCCUCCAAAGUUGGAAUCUCUUCACGAGGUGAGUUCAAGCAUUGAUUCAGAAGAUUUUGCAACUCCAUCCCGAGACCCUGAUGAUACUGAUGAAUCAACAAUUGACGGUCAAUCGGUAGGUUCAGGUACUGAAACAGACCUUUGUAGUGAUUCCGAAAACGGAACAAGUAUUUAA